AUGUUAACAGGUCGACAAAAGGUUGUAACGAAAGGUCCCGGCACUGCUGUGCGGGCACCACUCGGAACAUUAUACCGCGUUUACGGUUUUGUGGUCGUGCCUGCUAAUGGUAGUUCGGCCAUCGGUACAACUAAUCCCUCCGCGGAUGUGACGAGUACCGCCGCCUCCCAUGCCGUCGAAAGGGGAACGGUGUACAUUGUUAAUAGAAAUACGAAUGAAACAUCCACGUGCGGUAGUAGCGGGUCGACCCAUCCCUCUUGUCAUGAUGGGGGCACUCAUAUAAAUGAAUAUGACGAAUCUCCCUCCCGUAGUUUGUAUGAAGAUGCCGUUAGGGCAAUGUUGGACACGCCUUUGGGAGAUGUGGCGGUACGUAGAGCCGAUGACGGGCGUGUGACAGUGCGGGACCUUGCGUGGAGUGGCUCUAUUGAUCGAACCGUCCGCUCCACCGUUUGGCGCCUGCUUUGCGACUGCGUACCCCCAGCGCCAGCUUCUGCAGGACGGCAACAGACGGAGCUGCGGCGCAAGCGGGAAGAAUACGAAUACGUCAUGGCCAAGUGCUGUCCCAUAACAAUUACCGACUUUCUCCAACCCCGUGGGCGUGCCUCGCAGAGUGACUGGAGCCAGCAAGGCGGUGGCUCUUUAAUGGAGAUGCAUUUGUCGCCUGACGAUCGCAAAAACCUCUCGCAGAUUGCGUCAGACAUUCCAAGACACACGCAAGCUGUCUUUCGCCAUACAAAAACCGUGUCUGCGUUGGCUCGCUGUCUUUUCUUCUGGUCCCGGCGUUACCCUGCUGUGGGAUACGUACAGGGCAUUGAUGACAUUAUGGUAGUGUUUUUCUCCGUAUUUCUGGAGGGAGCCGUGGUGGAAUUCAACGCUUGCUGCUGUUGCUGUGAUGGUGGCCGCGUGUUGUGCGAAGAGCAGCUGCCUCGUAAUGAACAUGGCGGAAAACAUAUUCAUACUGAUGAUCGCAUAAAGAUCGAUGGCGACAAAGUUGGGAACGGCGGUUAUGGUGGUGGUGGUGGUUAUGCUGGUGACGAGCAUACGGUUAAGAAGAGUGUAAGGGGGAGUGGAAUAAAUACUUUCCGGGCAUGCAUAUCUCCAUCUGUUGUAUACACUGAUGACGUGGCUAAGUUUGGGGAGGCGAUGGAGAGACUUCCAGUGGAGGUGCUCAGGACUGCGGAGGCUGAUGCAUAUCUUUGUGGGGCUUUCUUCCUUUCGUGGUUGCAGGAUAACUUUGUGGAGGGUCAACCGGGCAUUCGAAGAACCUUGGCGCUCAUGGAAAGGGUUCUUAUAGUGUUGGACCCCGGUGUGCUCGAUGCCAUCACAUCACAAGGCAUUACUCUUAUGGAUUGUUGCUUCCAGUGGCUACACUGUUUGCUUGCUCGAGAACUCCCGCUACGUCUGGUGGUCCUUCUGUGGGAAAAGUACAUGGCUGUGCUGAAUAGUGAGACUGUUCAUGAUUUCCAUGCGUAUGUUUGCGCAGUGCUGCUCACGCGCGUACGCGACAAUGUAAUUGGACAACCGGUGGAUGUGAUAUUGAAUUUUUUGAAAGACCCAUUAGGCACGCGAUCAUUGCAGCUGCAGCACAUUCCUGACGACGAGAGUAAAUGCAGUCAAGGCUGGUUAGAAAAUCUGGUCGCGGAGGCGUGGCAGUUUUACAAGGGGCAUCCGCCAAGCAUGCUUGCGUAA